AGAGCCUCGUGCGCCUCAGGUUCUCAUGGCUGCAGAAACCGCCCGUUGCUCUGACUGAAGCCUCCGAAAUCGUUCGAAGCCCUAGACAUUUUUCGUCGCACAAGCUGAUUGCCGCAUGAGACAGUUUUUCUAUAAGUCUACAAGAUGCAAGCCGAUUGCACAGGUCUUCUGUCUUCGAAAGACGAGCGGCAAAACCAAGAGUCGCCAGUCUUGUCUGUCGCUGACGUCGAUUCCGACCACCAAAAUUCGGACUUCGAAUUGCUGCCUAUGAAAGUGCAAGCCAACGACGAAGACUCGGAUUCGACUACGCUCCGUGGUUUACGAUUUCUGACUACGCCAAGUCGUGCGCUGCUCCUCCUCAGACACUGGGGGUGGGAACUAGGCGCACUGCUGUUCAGCCUGAUCGGGUUUUUCGGCACGGUCGGAACUUUGAAAGCCUUUGAUGGAAAAUCGCAGCCAGCCUGGCCGUAUGCUAACAUAAACAGGGGUCUGGCCUGCUUUGGGGCAUUACUCACCGUUUUGGCUUUCGGAGUUGGUCCCACCCUACAACAGGCUAUCGUCAUGGACACUCGCUCUAUCUCUAUGAAAGAUCUUGCGACCAUUCCUUGGUCUCGGGCCUACUUAUGUCUACCGUCGAUACCAGGAUGGUAUACUUCUAUAGGCAACGACGUAAUCCCUGCUGACAUGGCAGGAUCUCUGUAUACAGGUAUCCACUACGGCUCUAUGUUACCAAGGCAGGCAUCGUUGGACCUAGUGCCGAAUUUUCCAACAACUGAUUGCGAUUAUCCUCAAUUCGAAUCGCUUGCAGUGUGUUCUGCAUGCCAGAAUCAAACCCAGAAGGUAGAAAAAUCGUGCUUCACUAAAACAUCAUUGAGCCCCCCACCAUGGUUCGCGCCAAACAUACAGACGACGCAAUGCAAUUUUUCUCUAGAGAAUGGCCUGCAGCUUAAUAAGUCUGGUUGUAUACGGGACAUGACUGGUAAGAAGAGAUUCCAAGAUGAAAGUUACCUCAGGUUGGACACAAUGACCAUCAGCGCCAUGCUGGACCCACUCGAGCCAGUCUCCAAUGCAAGCAUCGCCAACGUUACCAUGCUCAAUGCGUCUGUUAGUAACGACUCUAUUUCCGCGGAUGCUACCCAUCGUUCGCUUUACUGGUGCGUAAAUGAGUACAAGGCCUCUGUCAUUGACGGAGAGCUCGUCGAACAUCAGAUCAGCUCGGACGGAGAAUGGUUGUCAGUAUUUGAGAGGGCAACGUACUGGGUCCAACGACCGGCUACUCAGGGUAAUGAAACAGGGUACUCGUACUGGAUAGAUCCUGAAAGCUCGUCCAGGAUAUACUAUUGGCUGUAUCCCUUGUUCAUCGCAAGUGACAGCGAAAGUCUGCAGUUCAUAGAGAAAGCGAUAGACUGGGAGGGGGGGGGUGGAAAGUAUGAAGAUGACGUUCGUUGGGACCCCGACUCUUCCAGCAAUUUCAGCUUUGGUGGCCCUCCAGUGCCACAUCUACGAGACCUACUCUCGAGUAUACGCAAUGUUGGUCCCGAAGCGGUCUUCGCCAACCUAGCGAAAUCUCUGACAACCUACAUCCGCACGGACGGUGCUACCAAUCAUACUGAUGAUUAUUCCUGGCCAAUUGAUCCAGUCGUCGGAACAGCCUAUCUUAAUGAGGUUUACGUCCGUGUCCGUUGGCUUUGGCUCAUUUUUAUGGGCAUCAUGCUCAUAGGCACCAUCGUAUUUUUCAUCCUAACUGUCUAUGAGUCAUUCAGACAGAAUGUGGAGGCUUGGAAGUCUGAACCACUGGCCUUGAUGUAUCAUGGAGUUGAUCGGACCGAGAAAGAGCAGUGUCUCGAUAGCGUGGAAGAUAUGCACGAGCAAAGCAAGGAGAUUCGAGUCUGCCUUCAAGAAACAGGAUCUGGGCUGAGGCUGGAAUGAACGGACAUUUGAAGAGCUGGACGUGAAUUGUCUCAUGUUCACGGCAGUAAUUCAAACUCAGAUCACGUGGCGCAAGAUUUUCCUGCAGACCUCUUCGAUCACACUUCAAGAAGUCGCAAGGCUAGGUCGCGAUGUACAUGGGGUACUCAAUGUAUUCUGUCUCUAUAUCCAAUGUUCUUAUUCUGAUGCCGA